AUGGCGAAAUCUUAUUCAUCUCAUUCGUUUCAUAAACUCAGAAACAACAACAAGGAUAAACAACAAUAUGAUGAGAAACUAGGGCAUGUUUACAAAUGUGAGUUUUGUGACAAAGUAUUCACCACAGGCCAAGCACUCGGCGGUCACAAGACUUGUCAUCGCUCCAACAAACAACAGAUACAUGAUGAUAAGGCUCACAAAACUAUCAAGAUCACUUUCUCUUUAUCUUGUUCUCCAAGUUAUCCUAAUAAUGAUGAUGCCAAACAGAAAAGACAUUCAUGGACUAGGGUUUUCAAGGGUACCGUUCAUCAUCCACCUGCUGCAUUGGAACCUUGUCAACAAGAAGAGUUACCAGCUGUUGACUUGUUAAGUUUGUUGCCACCAAGAUCGUAUAAUACCAAGAAAAGGAGCCGGAGAUAUCCUAUUCAUCAUGGACUUGUUAAUAAUACUACUGCUCCAAUACCCUUGUUGGAUAUGUCUCACGAAUCGGUUGCGAAUCUUGAUGCAAAUCAUCGUGAGUGUAAAAGAAUGAAACUUUCAAGCAAUGGGAAUGAUACUGAGAUGCUAACAAGUGAUUGUAAUGAUGAAACAGUGGCGUCAAGAGUUGUUCCAAACUUUGAAUUGAACCAGCCCCCGAUUAAUUAUGGUGAAACAGAAGUGAGACCAAGAGUUGUUCGCGACUUCGAUUUGAAUGAGCUCCCAUCUAAUGAUGUUGCUGAUAAAUGA